AACAGUCUUUUGGAACAGAUAUAGCCACGCUGGACUAAAUGUGACCAUGCUAACUAAUCCUCUUUGCCUCGGUGAUCCCAUAGAGUCUGGAGUCCUCUGGGCUUCAGAGGCACAACAAUGUUUUCUGCCUGAUGAGUGGAAGAACAUGCAACCCUAUGGCUGGCAAUACAAACUCUUGCUGCUCUAUUUUGACGUUCCCAGUGAGGCUCUGAAGAACCCUGAGAUGUGUGCUUUGUUCUAAACAGCUCAGACUGAAGCAGGACAGUCAUGAGUGCUGACGUAGCUAACAGGCUGGAUUUGGACCCUGAUUACAAUGCUGAACUGGCUGACAUGGUAGCAGCCAUGAACGUGGCUGCCAACAGACUGACCCCUUCUAAUGGAAACAGGACCACCCCACAUCGCCUCAGUCUCUCCGAUCGCAAGCUGUCACUGCAGGAGCGAUCCAGUAACCAGAAUGGCAUCAUCCCACGAAUAGCCAGAAGACCCACUAUUGAAUCGAAGCGGGUGUCUAUCUCUGAUGGGGAUGACUGUGUCCAGCUAAACCAGUACAAGUUGAAGAAUGAGAUAGGAAAGGGUUCAUAUGGGGUGGUCAAAUUAGCAUAUAAUGAAGAUGAUGACCAGUAUUACGCUAUGAAGUUGGUAUCCAAAAAGAAGUUAACGAAGCAGUAUGGAUUCGCACGGCGACGUCCUUCCAGAGAAUCCAGUGGAUCCCUAGAGAAUCUUUUAAAGCAUUCUGGCCUGUUGGACCGGGUAUAUCAAGAAAUUGCUAUUCUGAAGAAACUUGACCAUCUUAAUGUGGUUCAUUUAGUUGAGGUUCUUGACGACCCGGCUGAGGAUAACUUGCACAUGGUCUUUGAGUUGGUACCUAAAGGUCCAGUGAUGGAGAUCCCAACAGACAGUCCUCUAACAGAAGAAAUGGCCCGCUUCUACUUCAGAGAUGUCCUCCUAGGAAUUGAAUACUUGCACUAUCAGAAAAUCAUACAUAGAGACAUCAAACCCUCCAAUCUGUUGCUGGGGGAUGAUGGGCACAUCAAGAUCGCAGAUUUCGGUGUCAGUAAUGUGUUUGAGGGGAACGAUGCUCUGCUGUCAGACAGUGCAGGAACACCGGCUUUCAUGGCACCUGAAACUCUGACUGACCAGGACCUCAGAUUUAGUGGAAAGGCUCUGGACAUAUGGGCAAUGGGAGUGACGCUGUUUUGUUUCAUCUUUGGAAGGUGUCCUUUUCAUGAUGAAUACAUCUUAGGCCUGCAUGAAAAGAUCAGGACUGCACCAGUCGAGUUCCCAGACAUGUCUGUGAUCAGUGAUGGGCUGAAGGAUCUCAUCAUCAGAAUGCUUGACAAAGUCCCUGAAACUAGAAUCACAUUACCAGAAAUCAAGCUGCACCCGUGGGUCACACUUGAUGGCACGGAUCUUCUGCCUCUGGAGGAGGAGCACUGCACCGUGGUGGAGGUCACUGAGGAGGAGGUGCAGAACUCCGUCAAACUGGUUCCCAGCCUGUCUGCUGUGAUCCUGGUGAAGUCCAUGCUGCGGAAGCGCUCCUUCAGUAACCCGUUCGAGUGUCCCAGCCGCAGGAAGGGCAGGUCCAUGUCUGCCCCUGGAGUUCUGAAUGUGUAAGUCCAGAAUGCACAUCCUCGUCCACUGCACGUCACUGCAUCCUGAGACUCAGAACACCUGUGAUUUCACUGACAUUGAUAUCUUGUUCUUAUUUCUCUCAAUUAUUUCUGCAGGGAUAUGUCACUGUUUCACCCUCUAAGGUAUCACACAAUAUACCUUACUGCAAUGAUAAUCAGCUACAUUUAGUAUUUCAAACUCAAUGCUCAUGUUUCUCUGUGUGUGUGUAAUACAUAUUCAUAUUUUGAUGGUCUCUCCAACAGCAGAGGGAGUAACAAUAACGGAAGCAGAGAAGGAGAGCUGGAAAACCUUAUUGAGGAUGAAACAUUUUCAUAAAUUAGCAAAAAUCAUUUUUCUUAUUGGCCCAAUUGUGUGAUUAGCCAUUUUGUCCUCAUCUGCGCUGGAUUAUUUUGAGCAUCAACAAGAAAAUUCUAUAUACUGUGUAACGCAUGAUGGUUAUCUUAUGUAGGUACCUUUAAAAUAUAAUGCAGAAUCUGGUAAUACUUUAUAUUAGAGUAAUAUUUGUGUUUUAUUGUAUUUACGUGCCAAACCUAAUGUAAAUUUGAAAGAAGUUUAGAUUUAAAUGCAUAUAUAUAAUGAUUUUAUCAGUGCAUUCGACAGAUAAGCAUGUGAUCCCUUUGCUGUGCAGCAGAAAUCAGCAUAGCUUUGCAUGAUGUGUAUUAGAAGUCUGUUUUAUCAAUGGUCUGUAUGCUUUUUUUGUUGUCCUUUUGAGAUUUGAAGUAAAAUUGAAAAAGAGA